AUGUUGAGCGCCCCAGGUCCGCGACCGCACGUGCUCUUUGGGCAAGGUAAAAGUGCAAAUACUUUAUUAACGGAAGAUGGAUGUCAUUAUCCCGUUAUAUCGCCCGCCUAUAUGGACAGAAAGCGUGCAGCAUCCGCCCCCUACGAGUAUGGCAAGGGCGUGCGGGCAAUGCAUAAAACUACGCUCACUAUAGCGAAGGCGCCCUGGGACCCUCGGGACGCGUACAAGACAUCUAACAAACAGUAUUUUGGUGGCAGCAAGUCACUGAACCCUGUGAGACGUCCCCCAAGAUGUCCCUCCAUGCACAAGUCCCAGUGGGACAUUGGUCAGCACAAGCAGGACAAAUAUUGGGAUACUCAUUAUAAGGGUACCUUCCAUGAAAAAGAAAUUAUCCCGGCUACAGCACGAGCCAAUCGACUACACAUGACGUCACUAGUCAACCGUAUCGACCAGACAGAGGGUGGUGAUAUGAAACAUACAAUCAAAUCGGAUAAGAACCAACCAAACUACUGGUCACAGUAUGGUCGUAUUCAUAACAAGCUAGGACACAUGUUAGGGACAGGUGUACCACGAGAACCACCGGUGCGGAAAAGUUACAAUGUAAUUACAGGUGAGGAGAUUGGACCUGCUUGGGAUGAUAUGAAUCGGCGAGUAUCUGGUAAUCGAGUAUUAUAUUCAAACCGAUGUGAACGAGUACCAAUGUUAUUAGGAUAACACACCAGAGGCCUGCCAAGGGGAGGACAGCAU